AGGUGUCUGCUAAAAUCUGUUCACUUGCAACAAUGGCUUGGACUAGAUCCACUUGCAUUCUCUCAUUUGCCCUGUUGUUUGUUCACAUAGCAGCUGUGUCCAUUAAGCAUCUUUCUAAAGGAAAUGUACGUGAUGCAAAUUUUGAAGAACAGAAGGAUAUUUCAGAAAUAAAUUUAGCUGCAGGGUUGGACCUCUUCCAAGGGGACAUCCUCCUUCAGAACUCCAGAAAUGGCCUGAGAGACCCCAACGCCAGGUGGAAGUUCCCCAUUCCUUACAUACUGGCAGACAAUCUGGAGUUGAAUGCCAAAGGAGCCAUUCUCUAUGCCUUUGAAAUGUUUCGCCUCAAGUCCUGUGUGGAUUUCAAGCCCUAUGAAGGAGAGAGCUCAUAUAUUAUCUUUCAGCAGUUUGAGGGAUGCUGGUCGGAGGUCGGCGACCAACAUGUGGGACAGAACCUUUCCAUUGGCCUGGGGUGUGACUAUAAGGCCAUCAUCGAACACGAGAUCCUGCAUGCUUUGGGAUUUUACCAUGAGCAGUCAAGAACUGACCGGGAUGGUUAUGUGAAAAUCUGGUGGGAUGAAAUUCUUCCAGGUUUCGAGCACAAUUUUAACACCUAUGAUGACAACAUCAUCACCGACCUCAACACGCCCUAUGAUUACGAGUCUUUGAUGCACUACGCGCCUUUCUCAUUUAACAAGAACGAAAGUGUCCCUACCAUCACGGCCAAGAUCCCUGAGUUUAACUCCAUCAUUGGGCAGCGCCUGGAUUUCAGUACCGUCGAUUUGGAGAGGCUGAACCGAAUGUACAAUUGUACCACAACGCACACCCUUUUGGACCACUGUGCUUUUGAGAAGGCAAACAUCUGUGGGAUGAUUCAGGGUACCAGAGACGAUGCGGACUGGGUCCAUCAGGACAGCGCUCAGCCUGGGCAAGUGGAUCACACGUUGGUGGGUCAGUGCACAGGUGCCGGCUACUUCAUGCACUUCAACACCAGCUUGGGGUUGGCAGAGGAGGCAGCCCUGCUGGAGUCUCGGAUUCUUUACCCAAAGAGGAAGCAGCAGUGCCUGCAAUUUUUCUAUAAAAUGACAGGAAGCCUUUCGGAUAGACUUGUCAUCUGGGUCAGGAGGGAUGACAGCACAGGCAACGUUCGCAAGCUGGUCAAGGUGAAGACAUUUCAAGGAAAUGCUGACCAAAAUUGGAAAAUUGCUCAUGUGACACUCAGAGAGGAAAAGAAGUUUCGCUACGUUUUUCAGGGCACAAAAGGAGACCCCCAGAACUCGAAUGGGGGGAUUUACUUGGAUGACAUCACUCUGACAGAAACCCCAUGCCCCACAGGGGUUUGGACAGUACGGAAUUUCUCCCAGACCCUUCAGAACACAGUUAAAGGGGACUGGCUCCUGAGCCCUCGAUUCUACAAUUCAGAGGGAUAUGGGUUUGGGUUGACCUUAUACCCUCAUGGUAGAAUAAACUCCAUUAGCUCCGGAUACGCAGGACUUGCUUUUCACCUGUGCAGUGGGGAGAAUGACGCUAUCCUGGAAUGGCCAGUGGAAAACAGACAGGUGGUCAUGACAAUACUCGACCAGGAACCUGAUGUUAGGAAUAGAAUGUCUUCAAGCAUGGUGUUCACUACCUCUAAGUCCCAGACAUCUUCGGCAAUAAAUGGCUCUGUCAUCUGGGAUAGACCAUCCGUUGUGGGAUCUUAUGAUCAGAGCUGUAAGUGUUACAGAAGCUUAGACUGGGGCUGGAGUAAUGUCAUCUCCCACCAAAUGCUGAAAAGGAGGAAUUUCCUUAAAAAUGAUGACCUUAUCAUUUUUGUGGACUUUGAAGAUAUCAACCACCUUAACCAGACUGAAGUUCCCACUAGAAACACCAGGCUGAUCCCCCAAAGCCUUGUCCUCCAAGACCAGGAGCAGCAGGCCUCAGAAGGAGACUCAGGAAAGGCCGCGUUAGAGAGAGUCCCACCCAGCAGCCUGGGCCAGGGGCAGCCUCGCCGACAGAAGCGGUCAGUGGAGAAUAUGGGCCCGGGCCCCAUGGAAGACCACAACUGGCCUCAGUACUUCAGAGAUCCAUGUGACCCGAAUCCUUGCCAAAAUGAAGGCAUCUGUGUGAAUGUGAAGGGGAUGGCGAGCUGCAGGUGUGUCUCCAGUCAUGCCUUCUUCUACACGGGAGAGCGCUGUCAGGCCAUGCAGGUGCACGGCAGCGUCCUGGGCUUGAUGAUCGGAGGCACGGCCGGCGUGGUCUUCUUGACCUUCACCAUCAUCUCCAUCCUUUCCCAAAAGCCAAGGCAGUGACCUGCCUGCCUUGUUGACAUCAGCCAGACCGAAGAAAAUCCUCCUCCACUCCCACCUUCCAUGCCUGUGCUGAGAGCAGUUUGGGGUGGUUUUUAUCAUCCUUGUUUCAAAUAGGCGUGCGAGGACCAAGGCCUCCAGCCUCCUGUGUGACCCUUAUGGUUUUUCUGCCCCCAUCCCUCACAGGGUUCUGCUCCCCCACUGUGUGCUCCAAAUGUACCUACUGUGUCCUGCGACAGUACUCAUUACACUUCUUUGUAAAUCACUUGUUUCAUGGACUGUGUUUCCCAUAGACUAUACGCUCUACAAGGGCAGGCCCUCACCUACCAUGCUAGCUCCAAUGCCUGUGGACUUUCAGUAAAAGUAAAUGAAUGUACCAGUAACUGAAUGAAUAACUAAGAUAUAGAAACUCUCAUUUCUACUUCGAUAAGAUGUAUCCAAUAAAAUUCAUACGACAUUUGUGUUAGAUUGGUGCAAACGUCAUUGCGGUUUAAAAGGUUAAAAAUAAUUGUAAAAACCGGAAUGACUUUUGCACCAACCUAAUAUUAGACUCAAAUACGUGUUUUUCAUUAGUCACAAUAGUGUUGUUACUCUUUUAAAGUUUUGUGUGUUAAAGGAUUUCAAAUAAAGUUUCCUCCUAGUAGCCGGGAUUCACAGCAUUUGUUUUCCUCCUCUGAUUCUGGUAAGGUUUUAACAAA